CGCUGUAUACGCGCCCCUCCUCGGCUGCAGUAGGCAAGAGGACCAUCUGCCCUUCUUUCCUGAAGGUAGAGGGGACAACACCAGCUACGACGGGGACUCCAGAAGUCAAUCUCCCGAACAGCAGCGGGGCGAAAAGAAAGAAAAAGAGUUUCCGAGGACUUCCACUCACACCCACGCUUUCCCUUAACCCGGAAGUGAUUUCCGCCCCUUUUCUCCCUCUACGGUUGGGACUGGAGGAGAAGGACGGCCGGGUCUGGCCCGGCAUGCCCUGGGCUUCCGGUGACCUCUGGCCCUUUUCUGUCCGCUUUCUCUGCCUAGCGUGCUCGCUCGCUCAUUGCUUUCCUUCCCUCCCUCGGCCUUCCUUCGCACGCUGUCUCGUGAUUGUGGCGCUCGCGACAGACAGGGAGGCGGUGGCGGAGGACACUUGUCAUGGCCGCCUCUAAACCUGUGGAGGCGGCGGUGGUCGCAGCAGCUGUACCGAGCUCCGGGAGCGGGGUGGGCGGCGGCGGGACUGUGGGCCCGGGCACGGGGGGGCUGCCGCGAUGGCAGCUGGCUCUGGCGGUCGGGGCACCCCUGCUGCUGGGCGCGGGUGCCAUAUACCUGUGGAGUCGGCAGCAACGGCGCCGGGAGGCCAGAGGCCGGGGCGACGCCAGCGGCCUGAAGCGCAACAGCGAACGGAAGACCCCGGAGGGCAGGGCCAGUCCAGCCCCGGGCAGCGGACACCCUGAAGGUCCCGGUGCUCACUUGGACAUGAACUCUCUUGAUAGAGCCCAGGCAGCCAAGAAUAAAGGCAAUAAAUAUUUUAAAGCAGGAAAGUAUGAACAAGCUAUUCAGUGCUAUACUGAGGCCAUUAGCUUGUGCCCUACAGAGAAGAAUGUCGACCUUUCUACAUUUUAUCAAAACAGAGCUGCAGCCUUUGAACAGUUGCAAAAAUGGAAAGAAGUGGCACAAGAUUGUACAAAGGCUGUUGAACUUAAUCCCAAAUAUGUGAAAGCUCUCUUUAGACGUGCAAAAGCCCAUGAGAAGCUAGACAAUAAGAAGGAAUGUUUAGAAGAUGUCACUGCUGUGUGUAUAUUAGAAGGGUUCCAAAAUCAACAAAGCAUGCUGUUAGCCGAUAAAGUUCUUAAACUCCUUGGAAAAGAGAAAGCCAAAGAAAAAUACAAGAAUCGUGAACCUCUGAUGCCAUCUCCACAGUUUAUCAAAUCUUACUUCAGUUCUUUCACGGAUGAUAUCAUUUCCCAGCCCAUGCUUAAAGGAGAGAAAUCUGAUGAAGAUAAAGACAAGGAAGGGGAGGCUUUAGAAGUGAAAGAAAAUUCUGGAUACAUAAAGGCCAAACAGUAUAUGGAAGAAGAAAACUACGAUAAAAUCAUAAGUGAAUGCUCAAAAGAAAUAGAUACUGAAGGCAAAUACAUGGCAGAAGCAUUACUACUACGAGCUACCUUCUACCUGCUUAUUGGCAAUGCCAAUGCGGCCAAACCAGAUUUAGAUAAAGUCAUCAGUUUGAAAGAAGCUAAUGUGAAGCUUCGAGCAAAUGCCCUCAUCAAAAGAGGCAGCAUGUACAUGCAACAGCAGCAGCCUUUGCUGUCCACUCAGGAUUUUAACAUGGCUGCUGACAUUGAUCCUCAGAAUGCAGAUGUUUAUCACCACCGAGGACAGCUGAAAAUACUCCUUGAUCAAGUUGAAGAAGCAGUGGCAGAUUUUGAUGAAUGUAUUAGGUUAAGACCUGAGUCUGCUCUGGCACAAGCACAGAAAUGUUUUGCAUUGUACCGCCAGGCAUAUACGGGAAACAACUCUUCACAAAUCCAAGCAGCUAUGAAAGGUUUUGAAGAGGUCAUAAAGAAAUUUCCAAGGUGUGCCGAAGGCUAUGCACUAUAUGCCCAGGCAUUAACAGAUCAACAACAGUUUGGUAAAGCUGAUGAAAUGUAUGAUAAGUGUAUUGAUUUGGAACCAGAUAAUGCCACAACAUAUGUUCAUAAAGGUUUACUUCAACUUCAGUGGAAGCAAGAUCUGGAUAGAGGUUUGGAACUUAUCAGCAAGGCUAUUGAAAUUGACAAUAAAUGUGAUUUUGCCUAUGAAACCAUGGGAACUAUUGAAGUACAAAGAGGAAACAUGGAGAAAGCCAUUGACAUGUUCAACAAAGCUAUUAACCUGGCCAAAUCGGAAAUGGAGAUGGCCCAUCUGUAUUCACUUUGUGAUGCCGCCCAUGCCCAGACAGAAGUUGCAAAGAAAUACGGAUUAAAACCACCAACAUUAUAAAACAGGGGGAAAGCAGACUGAUCCUCUUUUUAAAAGUUUACCCCCUCUUCAGCUGAACCCUAAAGACACUGUCAUGAACUGUGUUGAAUGGUGGAAAUUAGUAUUUCUGUUUGUGGUGUUGUUAUUUGUUACAUCUGUUUCAUGUCUAGGUGUUGUGGGUGUGGCUGUUGAAGGAAGUUUGCAGUCUUGCAGCUUUUAUAUCCUGUGCAACAAAAGAUUAGAACAUGUUAAAGGGAUUUUUAAAUAAAGUUGCAAAGAGUACAAAUGAUAAUUGGCCAUGCAAAUAAAAA